AUGUUCAGUAUCAUUGCUAGCGCUAGCGCAACGAUCCUUCAUCUUUACAGCGCAGACAUUUGCGACACCAUUGGUGUAGCCUUCUUCAAUGUUACCACCACCGCAUGUUACUGUCACGGCUCAGGAGACACUUACUUUCAGUUCUUUUCCGCCGAACUCCUCUUUGACGACCAUGUUACUGAGGAAGGGUAUCCUCCGCAACAAGACAGACCGAUAUUGUAUACCUCCAACGAUGAAUCCCCGUCCUGCGGUCAGCCUUUCGACGCCUAUACGUAUAAGAAAAUUCCAGUCAAGACAGCUGCCACUCCUCUCUCAAGCCUAGACUGCUGGUAUGGAGGCUCGGACUCGGUUGAGACGAAGAUAAGGGGCGCGACAAUUGGUCGGCCUUUGGCAUCUGCAGAAUCUUCUGGCCAAACAACAGACGCAACACAACUGCCUAGAAUAGAGCCCGACGCUGCCUUCUUCCAAGAGGCGGGGGUGCACUAUUACAUCGACAUCCAUAACAUGGACAAGAUUUCAGCUCGGAGGCAGAUUGGCCAGGAUACUGAACGAAGAUUAGGUUUCAUGCUAAGCAACUACGACCAUGUGAGAUAUGGAACAUUCGAUGCUAUGGCUCUUUGA